AUGGAGUAUUAUAAAACUGUACAUUUGGUUCUCAGCUUCAAUCACUUAGCUGAAAAUUAUGGUGUAUAUUUAAAGCUGCCUAACACGGGUUCCUCGUUGUCUUCAUCGUUUGACCCAAAUAAUUCAACUAAUCCAGUUUCUGAUUCCCCGCAUAACAAAUCCGACACACUUGACAGUACCAAAAGUAGCGACUCGUCCUCUUUGUCGAGGACAUUACCCAAAUUGUCGAAAAAGCAGGCCAGCAUUUUACGACCAUUUUUGCGGAAGGAAAGAAAGCGAACUUCAUCACCAGGAAAUAGCUCCGGAAGUGGCAGUGACCACCGUGAAGCAAACAGAAGUAGUGAAGGUGAGGCGAUGAAACGAACAGCGUCACCAACACUGCCGGAUGGUGCGACACAAGCUAAAUAUGAGCCUCCCACAUGUAGUGGAGAAAUUGAUGUAUCUGGCUCAUUUAAUGCUGUUAAUACCAUAGCUGGCACGGAUUUACUGAAGUUACAAGAAGAAAAAGCACUGGAGAAUACGCCAUUACGACGUACUAUUCCACUGAGCAAGGAAUCCGGCACUCUUUGUUCUACGGAUGCAUCAGUGAGCAUGGAGGUGCAGCCUGUUGACUGUACCAACGGUAAGAAAGCAACAGAUAUUCCAAAUGGAAUCACUACUGCUGCUACUCGUUUAAAUAACGCUAAGUUAGAGAAUGCUUACAAAGGAGGCGUUGCCAUACUCGAUUUUGGCGCUCAGUUCGGAAAGGUUAUCGAUCGCCGAGUUCGUGAGCAAAAUGUAUUUAGCGAAAUUCUGCCGUUCAAUACAAAAGCAGCUGAUGUGAUUGAGAAAGGUUGUUACAAAGCGAUUAUAUUAAGUGGUGGACCAAAUUCUGUAAAUUCAUUUAAUGCACCUGAAUUUGAUCCUGCUAUAUUGACUUGUGGUAUUCCAGUUCUCGGUAUUUGUUAUGGUUUUCAGCUAAUAAACAAAGCAUUUGGAGGAUAUGUGUCUAAAAAAUCAAUACGAGAAGAUGGGCAACUUGAGAUCAAUGUCGAUACCAACUGCCCAUUAUUCAAGGGACUUGCAACCUGCCAAAAAGUACUGCUAACACACGGUGAUAGUGUCACUGAAAGAACUGUAGCUAAUGAUUUCAAAAUCGUGGGUAGGAGUGGAAAUUUUGUUGCAGCAAUUGCUAAUGAAAGGCGAAAGUUAUACGGCGUGCAGUUUCAUCCUGAGGUGGAUUUAUCUACGUGCGGAAGGGAAAUAUUGCAUAAUUUUCUCUUUGGCAUUGCUGGUGUUACCGGUGGCUUCACAAUUGAUAAUCGUGAGCAGAAAUGUAUCCAAGAAAUUCGUUCUAUUGUGGUGGAUAAAAAAGUGUUGGUGAUGGUGUCGGGUGGGGUGGACUCAACGGUAUGUGCUGCUCUUCUUCACAAAGCUUUAGGGAGUGAUCGAGUGAUUCCUAUACAUAUCGAUAAUGGUUUUAUGCGUUCCAAUGAAAGUGAUCGAGUUGUGGAAUCGUUGAACAAGUUGAAUUUGAAAGUACGAAGGUACAAUGCCUUCUAUGCCUUUAUGAAUGGCCGAAUAUCAGUUGGAAACGAACUUUCAGCACCACUAAUGAGAACUGUACAGCCCGAAAUAAAACGUAAAAUAAUCGGUGAUACAUUCAUGCGAGUGAAAGAUAAGAUAAUGGAUGAGUUAAAGUUGGAUAAGGAUGUAUUUCUGGCACAAGGUACACUCAGACCUGAUUUGAUUGAAAGCGCGUCACAUUUAGCUAGUUCCCAAGCAGAUGUCAUUAAAACUCAUCACAAUGAUAGUGCUCUUGUGCGCGAACUAAGAGAUUCGGGAAAAGUGUUGGAGCCAUUGAAAGAUUUUCACAAGGAUGAAGUUCGUGAGUUAGGAAUAUCUUUAGGCUUACCAGAACACAUUGUCCAUCGACAUCCUUUCCCAGGUCCUGGGUUAGCUAUUCGGAUCGUCUGUGCCGAGCGUCCGUUAAUUACUGACUUCGACCUUUUCGUUACUACUCAACACCACUUGCAUUUGAUCGCAAAUCUUGCGCUUUGUGACAGGGAUUCCGAAGAAUUUGACACCAUAACGCAGCACUUGUCAGAAGCUGACUUGAAAGCUCUCAGUGACCAUGAUUUUGAAAUUGCAACAACUCUUUUACCAGUGCAGUCGGUUGGAGUACAAGGUGAUGGACGAUCUUAUGCAUAUGCAGCUGCACUUUCUACAAACGAAAGGCCUAUCCCAUGGAAGUUAUUGGAGCGGCUGACUCAUAUUAUACCUCGUUUGCUACACAAUAUAAAUCGAGUACUUUAUGUUUUCGGAAAUGCCGUUGAUUAUCCAGUGAACGACGUCACGCGCACAUAUUUAAACGGUUUUACGAUUGGUCUGGUAAAGUGGGCAGACAGAAUAGCUUAUGAUGUUCUUUGCGGGUUAGACGAGAAUGGUAAGAGGGAUUACGCUCUGGAAGUGUGUUUACAAAGAAUACAACAGAUGCCAGUGGUGAUGGUUCCCGUUCAUUUUGACAGAGAUCCUUUGGAAAGAAAGGCAUCAAUGCUACGAUCUUUUGUUCUUCGUCCCUUUAUCACAAACGAUUUUAUGACAGGUGUUGCUGCUUUACCGGGAAAAGAUAUUCCUGAACAGAACAUAUUGGAAGUAGUACGCCGCAUUACGGAGCGCGUGCCCUUAACAUCACGUGUCAUGAUCGAUCUUACAUCGAAACCGCCAGGUACAACAGAAUGGGAGUAA